CCAAGAGCAGCAGAGUGUGAAUUUAGUGUUGAUAUCCAUUAACGUGCAAAAAUAGUCUCCAAGUUUUUUGUAUACAUUUUCUAUUGGCCUACUCAACGUCACGUUCGUGUGUAUUUUCCUCGUCGGAUAGAUUAAUUGAUCAAGUUGGGCGGGGUCUCGAAAUGUCCCACGUGGGGACGGCUGGCUGGAGAUGUUGGCGAGAUUUCUAUUAUAGCUUACUGAAUGCCUAACGCGAUCGCUGGGUUGUAACUGGACAGUGCACAACUAUCCGCUGCAUACCGUGGAAUUAAUUUAAAAGUUUAAAGUUCCUUUAUGAAUAGAUCGAGAUUAGAACACCUGUUCGUGAUGUUCUGACAGGCAAAAGGUGGAGCAUGACUGUAUGGAUUAUUUGCAUACAGAGAGCAGUCCUCGCGAGUCUGAGUGGAGCCAGAUGUCCCAUGAAAACUACUCUGCAGGGUGGGGGGCUGCGACUGACUGGUCUCCGGGUGAGGGGAAUCCGCAGGCCCCCCUGGUGACUCUGCACCUUCUGGCCAACCCGGGCUGUGGGGGCGAAAUCCAGAGGAUGACCAGAGUGGUUCUCCAGGCCGUGGUCCCGCCCCCAACCCCUCCAACGCUGGUUUGGGUGUCGGAGUGUGAGCGGCAUCGAGAGGCUCCGCCCAUCGAGGCCACGCCCCCGGGGCUCCUCCCUCAGCCCGCCCUGGCGGUGGUGCUGUUCCUGCGGGAGGAGGAGGAGGAGGAGGGCCUGGGGGAGAACAGGGCGCUGACGUUCCUGCGAGCGCACAUGUCCCGCCCGCCAUGGCGGUACCACCACACCGAGGGCCUGGCCCCACGCCGGCGAGGGAUCCGCCCCUACCAGCCGGCGGGCCAGGACUUCUACAGUCUGGGAGGGGCGCGAGACCUGCCCCUCUGGGCAGUUCGGCAGGUGCACUACGGGCCAGAAGCAGUGCGCUACACCCGGUACUGUCGGCACGCCUCCUUCCCCCUCGCCGCCGCACUGUACGCCACCAUCCUGGGCCGGGGGCCAGCCGUAGAGCGGGAGGGGUUCGCCUGCUUCGCCCUGUUCCGCCCCCGCCCCGGGUGCGAGGUUCAGCUGGCCCUCAAGCGCCUGCCCCCCGAGGCGCACCCCUCCCGCCUGCCCUCUGCCCUCUUGGAGUUCAGGGUCGACGACCUCCAGCCCCUUCGCCUACAUCUGCCUCACCCCUGCACCCCUGUCGGCGCCCUCCGGUGGCAGACACGGGACCACGAUGGGAACAAGAUCCUGCUGCAGGUCAGAGAGCUCUCUGCUGUGGAGUGCUGGAGCAGCCCUGUUUCCCUCCACUCCUCUCUCAGCUCCUCCAGUCCAAGCUCCCUGUCAGAGGCCUUCAGAUCACACACCUGCUCUCAUGACUGUGGUCAGUGCCGGACCUGUAGGUGCCAGAAAGACAGAGCCAGUGGGUCUUUGUGGGACAGCUCGUCCUCUCUGGAGGUCCUACGUGGUGUAUCUUUUACCUCCUCUUCCUCGUUUUCCUCUGGUUCCCUGGGUUCCCCCUCCUCCAGUUCUGUCUCCCCCCACUUGGAGAAUAACCUUCACCCACUCCCCCCAUGCUCCUAUAAGGCUGCCCCCCAGUCGGGCUGCCUCCCCCAGGGUCACCAGAAACUGUCCAGUCCCAGGCUUCAGAAAGGCCAUAGCGCAUUCAGAAGGGUGUUACCCUCGGCAACCAGCUUCCAGCCUAUCCAGGAGCAGAGGGCAGCGUCCCCUUGUCUGUCGCCUGGCUACCACUCAGAUGAAUUCUACAUUUAACCAAGAGUGGGGGUUGGAAAAAGUGCAAGAAAAAGCAAACUGUAUUCUACAGAAUGGAAGAACAUGGGACACUUUCUGACAAAGUAAUCUUUACGGCAGUUACCUAACAUCACAGGCUUGUGGUACUCUGCAAGUAUAUAAUUUGUCCAUUGUGGUUCAUAUGCCCUCACAUACUGUGGUGAGUUUGACAGAGUGAAAUGACAGUUAGUCAUUUUCUACAAUAGUAUUAAAAAUAGUGUAGGUAGCCAAAAUGCAAUAUUGCUAUUAGUCGCUAUUAGUAAUAUUGCUAUUGUUGUGAAAAUGAAAGUAAAACAGGGCGGUGGAAUACAGUACCUCCUCAAAGUGCGUAUUCCAUAUAUACAUCUUUUCUAACUUUAGAGCUGCAGAGCAAAUAUGGAUUCAUUUUUCCACUUGAAUGUUCUAUUGCUGGAGUACAAAUGGCAGGAACAGAAGAAUGCCUCAUGAGGUCAAACAACACUUAAUAAAAUGUGUGGCUCGUGAAAGGUGCUUUUUGCUGGUUUACCUAAUAUUGAAGGGAAAACAUUCUAUAGCACGUGCCUGCCACACUUUUGGCUGCCCCCCCACCCCCACCCCCCCCCCCCCACACACACACACCCACCCAAAAGAUUCAAGUAGAUAUCUGUAGUUAUAUGUCACUACUCAACAGUCUGAACUUUACUAUCCUAUAGAUUUAUAUGGCCUGUAUAAAAACAAUACUGCUUAAAAGAAAACUACGACCAUAUUUCUUUGAACCAACACCCUCAAUUCCUGAAAUGAAAGCAUCCUGUAUGAGCUGAGUGCGGGGCCCAUUAUAUAAUUGUUUACUACCCCCUGAUGGUCAUUUAGUGGUAUUACUAAGUAAAUCUAAAUGUGGUAUGGAUGGGUUAGGGAACGAUAAACACCAUAGAAGUAAAAGCACUUUCAGCAUUACCUCCAAGCUCUUUGAGUCAUUUUAGAGUUUUAGGAAGCAGACUGUGGCACAUGCCUAAAACUGAUAUGCCCCCGAGAUGAUUUUUAAUUUUUUACUACCAAUUUAUAUGUACUGAAUUUGAAAGGAGUACAUACUCCUAGCCACAUAAAUACACAUGAACAGCUACAGUACACAUACAGUAAAUGUUUUUAUUAACAUUGCAGUAACAAUAAUCAGGAUUAUUGACUGCUAACAAAACACAAUCUCCCAAAACACUUUACUCAUAUUCAGGGAUGGUGACUGGGGCAAGUAUAUGCAAACACAGCGGGUUUUGUCCCUUUUGAGCUAGUAGUUUCUUCUACAGAUAAUGCAGUGCAGUAAACAUUCUGAGAGUUUCUUUUCUUAGCUUGAUGGCAUCACUGAUUAACUUCCUCAAAAUAUAAUCCGCUCAGGAAGCUUCUUUUCACGUGUAAUAUCCUGUUUGUUUCAUUGUUUUUAAACUGAACUAUUCUGAAAAUGUGAUACCUAUUUAUACUUUUCAUAUUAAUAUGCUAUAGGUUUUGGUUAAGUACCACCAGACCACUGUUACGAGUUCAGCCUGUUAUCGCUGGUGGAUAUGUGAGCUCUUCUGUUUGUCCCUGCAUAAAGGCAGGACCAGAACUAAGACAGAAUGCAAAUGUUGGCUACUCUUGCCAGGAAGCCACAAGUAGACAGGGAACUGUACUAAAAUCAGGCUGUUUAGUACUGUGUUGAUAUGCUGUGCAGUGUACUGCAUUCUUUGUGUCUUACAUCUGUAUAUUUUAUGUUGUCAGGGACUUUAGACAUCUUUAAAAAGUCAGAAAUAAUGACGUGGAGCACAUGGUUACUGCAAAGAACACAAAACGGCUGAGAAAGAAAAUUUUGGAAAAUGGCUCCAGUGCCAUACUUAUUAGGUGCUUGUACAAAUGGCUGGGAAGAAAGCGGACACAGCUGUGGCUAAGCUGGAACAUCCACUAUAACUAACUGGCCUUUUCAUGAGUAAUUCUCCUCUGUUUGGAAUCUACAACUGCGCAUCUGCACCCAUACAAGAACUGCAACUGAAGAAGAAUGUACAUUCAUCCAAUGCACUUGCCCACAACCAAGUAACUACUUGGCACACAACAGACCACACGCUACAACAGGAGAGUUAGCGGCAGUUAGAAGAUAGGGUAUCUCCCGUGAACAACAGCUAGUAGCUUGUCUGUGCCUGGUGUGCAACAGCUAAUGCAGCAGUAACCCUGGUUGACUUCCUACCCCUAUUUGGGUAAAAGCCGAUGUGUCCUGCCAUAGAGGUCAACUUGUGUCACAGCCCAGACCUGAAUAAGUGAAAUCAAGGUGAAAGAGCCCAGCCUUCACUUAUGACAUGCAAUAUUGCCACCUCAGCCUCCUAUAUGCAAACAUUCUUGGAUAACAUGUACAUGUGCGCUCUAAGGCACAUUCUGCCUGGCCUGAAAGAGAAGAAUGGCAGGUAUGGCAGGUGCUUUGUUUGUUUUUUCCGUCCACAUGACUACCAACAACUUAGCUGCUGUGCCAAGCUGAGAUCCCUCUGACCUUUGAACUUGAGCGGAAACUCAUAAGGGUUUUAAAGGGUAAGCACCUGUUGGCCUGCUCACUGGCAUAGCAUGC